GUGUGUGUAGGUGUGUGUAGGUCUGUGUGUGGAGGUGGAGGGUGUAUUUAUUUGCUACGCUUUAAAAUCCAACGUAUCUCUUGCAAACCAUGAACAGGACUCCUCUGAAGCGCUCGCACCUCCUGAGGAUGGCCCUGUCUAGCCUGGAGCAGAGGGACCCCGGCCAAGGCGAGUCCUUCCUGGUGAAAGCCAUCAAAAUCGCUCUGGUGGUGUCUCUGUAUUGGCUCGUCUCGGUGUCGAUGGUUUUCCUCAACAAGUACCUGUUGGGCAGCCCAGACCUGAAGCUGGACGCCCCCCUGUUUGUCACUUUCUACCAAUGCUCCACCACCGUCUUGAUCUGCUUGUUGCUGAACCUCCUGCUGACCCUCUGCCCCUGGGUUUUGGAUGUCCCCCCGCUUCGGUUCGACCUGAAGGUCUCCCGGGAGAUCCUGCCCUUGUCCGUGGUCUUCAUCGGGAUGAUCAGCUUCAACAACCUGUGCCUGAAGUACGUGGGGGUGGCAUUCUACAACGUGGGUCGCUCCUUGACAACCGUCUUCAAUGUCCUCCUGUCCUACUUUGUCCUGAAGCAGACGACCUCCUGGAAAGCCAUCUUGUGCUGCGGAGUUAUCCUAGGUGGCUUUCUCCUCGGAAUAGACCAGGAGGGCGUGGAGGGCAGUCUGUCAUGGACUGGAGUAAUAUUUGGUGUACUCGCCAGUUUGUGUGUGUCUCUUAAUGCCAUCUACACCAAAAAAGUCCUCCCCGCCGUAGAUGGCAGUAUUUGGAGGUUAACCUUCUACAAUAAUGUCAACGCCUGCGUACUGUUUAUUCCAUUAAUCGCAAUAUUCGGUGAGUUAAAGGUGCUGUAUUACUUUGACAAGCUAAACUCCGUGCACUUCUGGGGCAUGAUGACCUUGGGAGGUGUGUUAGGGUUUGCCAUCGGAUACGUCACAGGGUUCCAGAUCAAGUUCACCAGCCCUCUCACCCACAACAUCUCGGGCACAGCCAAGGCGUGUGCGCAAACCGUUCUCGCAGUCUCCUACUACAACGAGGUGAAGACCGCCUUGUGGUGGACCAGCAACAUGAUGGUUCUCGGGGGCUCCUCUGCUUACACCUGGGUAAAAGGCAUUGAGAUGAAGAAGGCGCAGGAGGAAUCGCAGACCAGAGAUCAUGAGAAAACUGAGGCCGGAGUCUAAGAGAGAGAGAGAGAGAGAGAGACGACUCCUUGGGAUAACUUUGUUAAAUACUCCGUCUUUUAAUGAACUGCAGAGAACAUAUCUCCUGUAAGUUAUCCUUACACUACUGUAAUACCAAGGCUGGAGAAUUGGUGAAAUGCACUCCUGGUGUUGGGUAUUUUCUAAAAUGAAGGUAGAGGUUGGGGCCACACGUAUUUACCAAUCUCCCCAAAAGUGUCUCUUUUGAAAGCUGUGAUUGUGUGUGUGUGUGUGUGGGUG